UUCGUAGUUUCGAAAGAUAUACAUAGUUGUCUUUUUGUUUGCGUUCAGCUUGACGGUUGUACAGAACAGAGAAUUUAUAUUUGAAAAUUAAAUGUAAAAGACUCAACAGCCGCUGAAAGGUCAUCAUAGGCCUUACAGUCUGGUUACGUGAAUAUUUCGAAUAAACUAAAUCGACGAUUUUUCUAAGAACGUUGAUUCUCCUGUCAAAAGAUAUUCUCCUAUAUCUUCGUUUUGUAAGAUUUUAAAACAUGGAACAAGACACAGAAUAUAUCAAAUUACCACUAGAAGAAAGAUGUGUGCAUAAGUUAUGGAGAGCUCGUUUGCAUGGAUAUAAAGAAUGUGUAAAUACAUUCCAAUGUAUCGAUGAUGAAAAAUCUCCAGAGUGGAACAAGUUUUUAGGAUUUAUUAAGAAGUUUGUGGUAGACAGUAAUGCAGUUGCUCAAGAAAAAGGAUUGGAAGCAGCAUUAGCUUUCAUAGAAAAUGCUGCGGUAGCAGGGAAAACUGUUGGUGAAGUUAUGAAUGGAAUAGUUACUAAAUGUAUUGCUGCACCUAAAGCUAAAACAAAAGAGUUAGCAGUACAAAUAACACUGAUGUAUAUAGAAAUCGAAAAACAUGAAGCUGUUCAGGAAGAGUUAUUAAAAGGGACAGAAGCAAAAAAUCCAAAAAUUGUUGCUGCAUGUAUUUCUACUUUAACAUUGGCUUUAAGACAAUUUGGACCAAAAGUAAUUAAUAUAAAGCCUUUAAUGAAGAAGAUUCCUGGUUUUCUUGAAGAUAGAGACAAAACAGUCAGAGAUGAAGGAAAAUUCAUGGUUAUUGAAAUUUACAGAUGGAUAGGAGCUCCUUUAAAACAACAGUUGAAUACAUUAAAACCAGUACAAAUUACGGAAUUGGAGGCAGAGUUUAAUAAUUUGAAAGAAGAAAAAGUUGUUCCUACUCGAUUUUUGAAAUCGCAAAAGCCUAAGGCGAUAUGUAUUACAGAUUCUACAAGUGAUAUCGGUGAAGAGGGCAAAGAUGAUGGUGAUAGCGUUUCUGCUCCUGACAUUGAUCCCUAUGAAUUGUUGGAACCUGUUGAUAUACUUUCUAAACUUCCAAAAGAUUUUUAUGAAAAGCUUGAAGCUAAAAAAUGGCAAGAACGGAAAGAAGCCUUAGAAGCAUUAGAUGCUCUCGUAAAAAAUCCUAAAUUGGAAAAUGGUGAUUAUGGAGAUGUUGUAAGAGCUUUGAAAAAGAUCAUAUCCAAAGAUACUAACGUAUUAGUGGUUGCAUUGGCUGGAAAAUGUUUGGCAGGAUUAGCAGGUGGUCUAAAAAAACGAUUUCAACCUUAUGCAACUGCGUGUUUGUCAUCAAUUUUGGAAAAGUUUCGUGAAAAGAAGCAAAACGUUGUGCAAGCACUUAGAGAAGCUGCAGAUGCUAUUUUUCUUAGCGUUUCUAUUGAUCUUAUACUAGAAGAUACACUUGCUGCAUUAGAGAACAAAAAUCCUGCAGUAAAAGCAGAAACGGCUGCUUAUUUAGCAAGAUGUUUUUCACAUACUCCACCACCAACUUUAAAUAAAAAGCUAUUAAAGGCUUAUACUGGUGUACUUUUGAAAACCUUAAAUGAACCAGAUCCAACUGUUCGAGAUAGUUCUGCAGAAGCUCUUGGCACAGCUAUGAAAUUAAUUGGUGAAAAAUCUAUGAUGCCAUUUCUUACAGAUAUAGAUAAUUUGAAAAUGACUAAGAUAAAGGAAUGUGCAGACAAAGCUGUAAUUCAUGUUAAAGUUCCUAGUGCACCAAAAGUAGUAGAAAGACCAAAUACUGCUCCAAGUAAAAUUGAAUCAACAGCAAAAGCUAAAGAGCUAGAGUCGAAAACCACAAAAAGACCUAAUACUAGUACAACUAAAAAGCUUCCUUCUAAGAAACCAUCUGCUUCUUUAACUAAUUUAGCUGUUUCUAAAAAGUCAUCUGGUACAAAACUUCAAAUAGAAAAAAAUUAUAGUGUUGAAGAGAUAGAAGAAAUGGCUAUUCAAAUGUUACCAGCUGAUAUCCUUAGUGGUCUUGUUGACAGCAAUUGGAAGACUCGGUUAGCUGCAGUUGAGCAACUUUUGGAGUUUGUAAAGCAAAUAGAUCCAAUGGAAAUACCUAUACAAGUGAUUGUACGAACCUUAGCAAAGAAACCAGGUUUCAAAGAUACAAAUUUCCAAGUUCUAAAAUUGCGAUUAGAGAUAGUAAAGUUUCUGGCAGAAAAUUUUCCGUUUUCAACUACUGUUUGUGAAUAUUGUGUCAUGGACAUAGCUGAAAAAUUAGGUGACGCGAAAAAUAGCGCAGUUGCCGGCGAAACUCUUUUAGUAAUAGCAGAAGCAACAAGCUUGGAAUAUGUGGCACAAGAAAUAGUAGCAUUUGCUUUUAAUCAAAAAAAUCCUAAAGUUCAGCAAGAAACAUUAGCGUUAUUAUGUAGGGGUCUUAUAGAAUUUGGAUGUGUUAUCAAUGUUAAAUCUUUAAUGGAAAAUAUAAAAAAGGCAGUUGCCGCCACAAAUCCUGGUGUUCGUACUUCAGCUAUUACAUUAUUAGGUACAUUAUAUUUAUUUAUGGGUAAACCACUACUUAUGUUUUUUGAGAAUGAGAAACCAGCUUUACGUCAACAAAUUGAACAAGAAUGUGAAAAGCACAAUGGUGAGUCACCACCUGUCCCAAUUCGUGGAAUAAAGAGCAAAAAGGAUAAAACAAGUGAUGAUGAUGAAGAUGUAGAAAUGGAUAAAAAAUCUAGUAGUAAUAGUGAAACUGAUAUUAAUAAUCUUAUUCCACGUGUUGAUAUUAGUAAUCAAAUUACAGAAGGUCUUCUUAAUGAACUAUCUGAUAAAAAUUGGAAGGUACGAAAUGAAGGUUUACAAAAAAUAAAUGCCAUUAUAUCUGAGGCAAAAUUUAUAAAAGGUUCUAUUGGUGAUUUACCACAAGGUUUGGCACUACGAUUAGUUGAUAGCAAUAGUAAAAUAGCUCAGUCAACUUUAGGAAUAUGUCAAACUUUAGCUGUUGCAAUGGGUCCUCCAGCAAAACAACAUAUUCGAGUCCUUUUCCCCGGCUUUAUACAAUGUUUAGGUGAUAACAAGAAUUGGAUUAGAACUGCAGCUAUUUCUUGCAUAAAUACAUGGGGAGAUCAGUGUGGUUAUAAAGAAUUUUUUGAUGGUGAAAUGAUUGGAGAUGCUUUGAAAUCUGGAUCACCACUACUUAGAGCUGAGGUUUGGGGUUGGUUAGCACAAAAAUUAUCAUUGAUUCCUAUAAAACAAAUACCAAAAGAAGAACUUCUUGUAUGUCUUCCGUAUUUGUACAAUAAUUUAGAGGAUCGUAAUUCCGAUGUGCGGAAAAAUGCUCAAGAAGCAGUUUUAGGAUUUAUGAUUCAUCUUUCUUAUGAAGUAAUGGCUAGAAAUACAGAAAAACUGAAACCUGGAUCACGAACAGUAGUACUUACUGCAUUAGAUAAAUCUCGACCGAAUUUGCCUAUAAAACCUCUACCGAAAAAACAAGCACCGAAGGAAAAUCAGAAAACUGUUAAAAGUGCUGGAGCUUUGAAAGCUGCAAAAGCAGUAGUAAAACCUAAUCAAAAACAACCAACAUCAAAACCUGGUAGUGCUCGUAAAAAAGAUGAUGAUGUAGAUACAAGUCCUUUAUUGGCUACUAAUAAUUUGAAACAUCAAAGAGUGAUCGACGAACAAAAGUUAAAAGUCUUAAAAUGGAAUUUUACGACACCAAGGGAAGAAUUUGUUGAACUUUUAAAAGAACUUAUGACCGCUGCAAACGUAAAUAAAACUUUAUUAGCCAAUAUGUUUCAUUCUGAUUUUCGAUAUCAUCUUAAAGCAAUUGAGGCAUUAACCGAGGAUUUGCCCGAUAAUAGUAAAGCAUUGGUAUCGAAUUUAGACCUUAUUCUCAAGUGGUUGACGCUACGAUUUUUUGACACUAAUCCUUCAGUACUAUUAAAAGGUUUAGAGUAUUUGAGAAUGGUAUUUGAUUUAUUAAUAGAAAACCAGUAUCAUAUGUUGGAAAAUGAGGCCGCAUCGUUUAUUCCAUAUCUCAUUAUCAAAAUUGGUGAUCCAAAAGAUGCAGUGCGUAAUGGAGUUCGUGCAUUAUUUAAACAAAUAGCAUUGGUGUAUCCAGUGAGCAAAUUAUUUUCUUAUGUAAUGGAAGGCUUAAAAUCUAAAAAUGCUCGGCAGAGAACGGAAUGCUUAGAUCAACUUGGUUCUCUUAUUGAAAAUUAUGGAUUGUCAGUUUGCCAACCAUCUACAUCUGUUGCACUAAAAGAAAUUGCCAAACAAAUAGCAGAUCGUGAUAAUUCUGUUCGAAAUGCUGCUUUAAAUUGCAUUGUUCAAGCAUAUUUUCUUCAAGGGGAACGAAUAUACAAACUUAUUGGUCAGAUAUCUGAAAAAGAUCAAUCAUUAUUGGAUGAGCGUAUUAAAAGAGCUGCUAAAAAUUACCCAGUGAAAUUAGCUUCUGCCAAUAGACUUUCAACACCUUCAAAUGCAACACCUAUUCCUUCUAGUGAAGAUGUUAAAAGUUCUAAUGAAGAAUAUGAAGAAGAAAAUGAUGAAAUACCUGAAUCACCACAGCCACCUGUACCACCUCAAUCUAAUGAACUGCCACAUGUAACAGAGACUACAAAUGUACCAACAGACUCUUAUGAGACUAAUGAACCUGUUUCAAACAUUUCAUCUCCAAAUCAUGAUGAAGAUGAUAUUAAAACAAAUUCUCCAACUUCGGCACAACCAAAAGUUUCAGGUCCAUUUGGACUUGACAUGGACUUUUUACAAAGAAUUGAAUUAAAUGCACCUGUAAAGUAUAGUAAUCCUGUUCUGGUAGAAAUUGAUUUAACAGAUCUAAAUGAAAAUCCCACAACAAACACAAUGAAUAUACAUAAAGUACCAGUUAUUCCUAUGUCCCCUCCAAAAUUAUUAGUAUCAAAAUCUGCAUCAAUGACGCAGCAGCAGCUGGGCACUGGUAAUACUAGCAAAGAGGAAAGUCUUGAACGUAAAAUUCUUGCAAUGGCUAGUUUAGAUUUGGCUGUUGCAAUACAAUCAAUGAACAGCAUCGAUAAUCUGAUAAAAUCUCAUCAAAUUUUGAGUUUACAAUCUAAGGAAGAUAAAUUUAUUGGUUCGAUAAAUAUGCAAUUAAAACUUUUACAAACUUAUCCUUUACAACAAGGAGGUGCAGAUAUAUCUAAAGGUUUUAGAAAUACAUUUAUGGUUUUAUUAGCGUUUUACGAUACUGGGAUUCUUGGAAAGAACGUUCCGUUAAUACAUCUGAAAGAACUUGUGGAUCAAAUGAUCAGCUUAUUAGCAGAGAACAAACUAAAUCAUCUACACCAGGCAGAAGCAUAUUAUCGCGUUAUUAACAACAUUGUUUGUAAAAUAAUAGACAACUCAAAUCAUACUACUAUCAUAUGUGUUUUAAUAAAAUUACUUCAUGGAUGUGCUGAAUCUGCUGCUCCAUCCAAAUAUGAGGAACUAGUAAUGAAGUGUUUAUGGAAAAUAGUGAAAACAAUCCCUAAUUGGGCUGCAGAUUUAGAUUAUGACACUAUUCUUUUAGAAGUACAUCGAUUCCUUAAGGAUUAUCCAAGUGUAUGGUGGAAAAAACGAAAAUCUGACACUCCAUUACGUACAAUUAAGACAAUUCUUCAUAGCAUGACCCGUGUAAAAGGCAGUACCAUACUCAGUCACUUAACACGAAUAAACAAUACAAAUGAAUCAGAAUUACAGAAUUAUCUUAUUAGGCUAAUUGCGACAUUUAAGCCAGAUGAAAUUAAUAGCAACCCCAAAAGUGCUCUAAAAUCCGGCGGUGCGGGAAAAGCUCAAGAACAUUUGUCGAAAUUUACGCAUCAACAGUUGUCCGAAAUAUUUAAAAAGAUUGGAUCUAAAGAACAUACAAAAGAAGGUUUAAUGCAGCUUUACGAUUUUAAACUUCAAUAUCCUGAAGCGGAUGUACAACCUUUCUUGGUAAAAUCUCAUCAAUUCUUUCAAGACUUUAUAGAACAAGGACUAAGAGACAUUGAUCAAGCACGAAAAAAUCAAAAUCUUAUAACACAAACUAAUAAUCAGUACUCAACAGAAAUAGCCGAAUCCGCUAGUUCGGAAGAAAAAAGCCUAAUGGAUCCAUUGCAUAGGCUCGAAAAACUUCGAGCAUCUGAAGCACAAUGUAGAACUACUAACCAGCCAAGUCCAACAUGAAUUAACUCCUAUUAAUUCUUACUAAGGUUGCAGUGCUUAAAUAACUGGAUUAAGAACCAAUAAUACACACAAUACAAUAUGAAGUAAAUAGUACAUAGACCAGAAAGAAUAAUCGUCGUACCUAAUGUACGUAAUGUUACGCUAUUCAGUGCAACAUUAACUGUAGCAUUUAUGUGUUGAUUUUCUCAGUAACUACAUAUGUGUUAUAAUGCUAAUUAUCAGGAGUUUAUGUGUUACAACUCUUAAAAUAAUUGCGAACAUGUUAUAGUACUCGUAUUUAUCAAUAUUUGGGAAGGAUAAUUAAGCUAUAAGCUAGUAUUAUGCUCUCUUUAGACUGAUUUUACACAGAAUCGAUUUAUAUUUCGUUAUUUCUUUUAAAAUAAAUCCACUCAUUAAUGUAUAUCGUUGAUCUAUAUUUAUAAAAGAAAUAUUACAUGUUUUUGUUAUUUAAUUAAUUAAAACUUAGUCGUACUACACAUAAGAAGCAUGUUUCUCCAUAUUUAUAAUCCCGGUAUACGAAUGUAGAUUUAAUACGUUAAUUUUUCAUAAUAAAAGAACAUAGUAUUAGCGAAAUAAUGAUAAUAAUAAUAAUUAUAAAAUAAUAGUAACUUAAUAUAUCUACAAAAAUUUCUGGAAGAAUUUAUGUAGUGUAAGUAGAGUGUGUAUAUAUUCUAACUUAAAGUAUUCAAUAAAAUAGCUUAUAAUAAUA